GACCAAGCGAAUCGAUUCGCCUAAGGGUCUGUCAGCGCAGGAGAGAUGCAUCAGGGUGUGUGAUCCUCAGCAGAUGCAGAAUUACUGUGUUAAACGUCCUCUAGUCGCUGUGUUUACCGUAGAGACGCCGCAGCCUCGAUCUUCAUGAAGCCAUGAUGUGUUUGCAGUGAAUCCUAACGAGAGGCAUGAUGCUCGCGAACGCGGCGCUGCUCCUCAUUUCUUCAUUGAUGCGGUUGCACGUCACAGGGGGCAUCUCUGCAGACGAUGAUGUUUUUCAGACUCCGCACCGGCGCCUGGCUAAUGGAAAGAUUGGCUCCGUGUACCAGCAAAUGGGUGCCCUCAUUCGGGAAAAGGCUGUAGGAUUUAAAGGGGAAUUUCUUCCGGCUCGACCUCGCGGACGGGUGGCCAAGCUGAUGCCCGGAGUGUUUCUUCAAUCCCAUUUCCAAAGGGCUCCACAGAGGCAGGCAGAGCUCCUGCGAAACACUGACCAUGCGGAAAACAAGCAGCCUGCGCACCGUACGCUCACAAUGGUGCUUUACCGACUGAAGGAGAAGGAAGUCUUGGAUCAGCAGCUGAAGGACCCGUCCCCGCCCAGCCGGGACGUCCAUCUGGCACCAGUUCCUGUUCACGGCGCACAGCCCCCUCUGACCCUCAAGAACAGCAUGGUCCAGGCCAGCCGGACAUCCAAACCCAGUGCCACCUAUUUUCCCAGCAGCACCAACGCCCCAUCCUGCAACAUUAGCAUCCAUCAGACCCCCUCCAGCGGGACCACGUCAGAGCCCCAGUGCCCGUCUGGCCCCCCAGCAGCUGAACUGAAACCCAGUGUCUCCUGCACGCAUUCUCCAUUCAGGAUGAAGCCUGUCGCCGGCCUGCAGGAACGGCGUGGAUCUAACGUCUCUCUGGUGCUCGAUAUGAGUUCUUUGGGCUCUGUGGAGCCUUUGAAUUGUGGGGUCGUGACCCCACGCGAGCGCGCCACUCAGGAAUACCUGCAGUCCGCCAGUCGAGUCCUCUCCCGCAAACAGCUGCGCGACGUCACCCAGAACACACACGUCCUGCACGCUGAGUUCGCUGAAAUUCCCAUGAACUUUGUGGAUCAGAAGGAACUUGACGUCCCGAAUCACGGAUCAAAAAAUAGAUACAAGACCAUUUUGCCAAAUCCACAUUCCAGGGUCAUUCUGAAGACUAAGAACUCAAAUGACCCGCUCAGCAGUUAUAUCAAUGCCAACUACAUACGAGGUUAUCUCGGAGUGGAGAGAGCCUUCAUUGCUACUCAGGGUCCGAUGAUCAACACGGUCAAUGACUUCUGGCAAAUGGUCUGGCAAGAGGACUGCCCUGUCAUCGUCAUGAUCACUAAACUGAAGGAGAAAAAUGAAAAAUGUGUCCUUUACUGGCCUGAGAAGAGGGGCAUCUAUGGGAAGGUGGAGGUCUCCGUUAAUAAUGUGAAGGAAUGUGACCACUAUAUAAUCCGCACGCUUAAUCUGAAGAAUGGAGGCCAGAGUCGCAAAGUGCAGCAUUACUGGUACACAUCAUGGCCCGAUCAUAAGACCCCAGAGAGUGCCGGACCCCUGCUGCAGUUAGUUAAUGAUGUGGAGGAGGACAGAAAAGGCUGGACGUCCAGCGGGCCGGUUGUUGUCCACUGCAGUGCUGGAAUUGGCCGGACGGGGUGUUUCAUGGCCACGACGAUCGGCUGUCGUCAGCUGGGGCUGGAGGGACUCGUGGACGUGCUGGGAAUUGUGUGUCAGCUCAGGACAGAAGGUGGAAUGAUCCAGACCGAGGAACAGUACGAGUUCGUGCACCAUGCCUUGAGUCUCUAUGAAAGUGGCCUUCCUGCAGAGGCCGGACAAUGAGUUUGAACAUGAACUGGAGCUUCUCCUUUCAUAUCAGGAGAUCUGCUUUAGCCAUGAGCUUUCUGAGGAGGCCGGAGAUCAUGUUUUUAAGGUAGAUCUGCAGGGAUUAUUAAAGUCUAAGGCAAGUAUUGCACACUGUUAUCGUCAAAACAUGUAUUUUUGGCAUGGCUCCUCAAAAGAAACAGACGUUGUGAUUUGUAAGGCUGUUUUGACGCUGGAUCAAAGGUUCACUCUACAAGGUAUCAUUCUAAUGUCAAUUUUUUAAAGUCUAGAAACCGUAUGUACAACUUUUAUAUCAGUUGUCUUCUUUUGAUCUGUCAGAUUAAUCGUCUGUGCGUCGUACAAUACUGAAUUGUCUUUAUGCUGCAGUAUAAAUGAGGUAUUCACGUUCUGUGUAUGACAGUAUGAUAAUCCGACGUCGGCGAUCGAAUCUAUUCAUGUUUGUAUUGUUUGUUAACAAUUUACGAUAUUUUUUUCUACUCUUUCUGACUGUGUUUUCUGCGCCGCCGCUGCUGGAUUUAGACCUCUGCGAAAAAAAUGUUCAAUCCUGAAUGUGAACGUUAGAGACUGAAUGCCUCAAAACGUUGUGUUGUGUCGUCCGGAGUGAAAACACACAACGAACAGCAGUCGAAUUCGAUUGUUUAACUUAAAAAUAUGGGUUGCUUUAAUUAUCUAGAGACUUUCUAAAUCUGGCACUGACCCUGAGCCGAAGUGGAAUUUUAAUAAUCCUUAUUAUACGAGAUAGAGAUCCUAUCAAACUGAACAAAAUUAAUAGAACUAUUCAGUUCGCGACAGCUACGAAACCAAAUUAAACAAAAGCAAAUUCAAUUGGGAUAAAAAUAUGUAAAUAUACUUUAUAAUGUAUCUAAAAUAUUAAAUCAAUAUCAUUUGCAUCUAGAAGUAACACGAAUUACUAAUAUUUUAAUACGCCUCUCUCCUGAAACGCUUACAUUUUUAGUACGAUGGUUGACGUAUACUGGGACCACGAGGAUUUUGCUGCUAAUACCGCAAUUGUUUAUUGCUUUAGGAAUUAAAUAUAUGUGUGAAUAUUCCUAAGAUAUUCGUUUUUUUGUAUUGUAUUUAUUAUUUUGAGAAUUAUUAUUAUAAUAACGGAUACUUUUAUAAAAUAUGGUAAUUGUCAGUGCGCACUGUUACGCUAUAUACUUUCCACUAUGUGGGCUUUAAUGUUAGGCAGUCGGUGACUUUACCCGUGUACGCUUCAUGACGAUUGAUGUGAAUACUGUAAAUAACUUUCAUAAUAACCAUCUUAUAGUCUGCACAUAUGGAUGUCUCGCGCAGCCAAACUGGUGAUCUGAGCUGUUUCGAAUCUAUGGUUGUGGUAGAAUUGACUAUAGUCUUGUGUUAUGGGAUGUAUAUUAUAUAUGCAUAACUUGGUCCGGGUCAACAUGUCAAAGAUGUUUGUUAGUGCUAGACAGACGGUCAUUCGCAUUGUACGUUCGGUCCUUUAACGAUGUCAAAUCAUCACCCUAAGCCAUAAUACUACAUGUUUACAUUAUGUUUGUUCAUCAGUUAUGCUGUUAACGAAACCUGUCACGUCAACGAGUGUUUUCGAAAGCAAGUGUAACUUCGCCUAAUCGAAAAACAGACACAGAAAGCGUGACUUUGUGGUGAUUACUGCCAAUAAAUGAAUCCUCAGAUGA